AGCGGAAAAUUGGGAAGAGGGGAACGCGAACAGAAACCGAGCCAGUGGGGCGUAGCUCUCGCUCGUGAGUCUACUCCAAAGGUUUGGGAGGGAAACCGACCCAGUGAGCCCUAUCUCUAGCUCCUGAGUCUACUUCAAACCUCUGGCUCGGCAUCACAGCCCAGAAGAAGAAGACGAAAAGACUUCUGAAUUCUGAACCAGUGGAUGAGUGAACCCUAGCCUCUCGAGUGGCGACCUUUGAACCUCCUUCCUAGCCUCCAUCGCCUGACAUUGCAGCCGCGCAGCCUCCAUCGCCGGACGUUGCUUCGUUGGAAGGCUUGAAUCGUCUUUAAGCCGUUUUCAAAAGAAUCCAAGCCUGCCAAAGCAUGACUUUCAUUGUUCAUGGUAGGGAUGGCACCUUACAACCUCUGCCCAGUAAGGUCCUUGUUUUACACAUUAAAACCUCCAUACAGAGCCUUACCUUUGUCUACAUCAUCUACACUUUUGCUAUUCCGAGCACCCACAAAGAGAAGAACUUUUUCCCAUAUUUUCCAAGAAUGCUCUGAUCGAAGAGCAUUGGAUCCUGGCAAACAAGCCCAUGGUCGCAUGAUUUUAUCCGGGUUUGAACCCACCGUCUUUGUAACGAACUGUUUGAUCCAAAUGUAUAUUAAGUGUUCCAAUUUGGAAUAUGCUUUUAAAGUGUUUGAUGGAAUGCCUCAAAGAGACAUAGUUUCUUGGAAUGCAAUGGUUUUUGGUUAUGCUGGGUGUGGACAGAUGGUGCUUGCAGAGUCAAUGUUUGACUCGAUGCCUUGUAGAGAUGUGAUUUCGUGGAACUCACUGAUUUCAGGGUACUUGCAGAAUGGUGAUUGUCAAAAGUCUAUUGAUUUAUUCUUACAGAUGAGCAAAACGGGUGUGGUGUUUGACCAUACCACUUUUGCUGUUGUUUUGAAAGCAUGCUCUGCUUUGGAAGAACAUAAUUUGGGGAUUCAGAUUCAUGGUCUUGCAGUUCGGAUGGGUUUUGAGAGUGAUGUUGUGACAGGCAGUGCUUUGGUGGAUAUGUAUGCAAAAUGUAAGAAUUUAGAUUAUUCACUUCAGUAUUUCUAUCAAAUGCCAAAAAAAAAUUGGGUUUCUUGGAGUGCUGUAAUAGCAGGUUGCAUUCAGAAUGAUGAUCUUGCACGUGGCUUAGAAUUGUUCAGGAAGAUGCAAGAAGCAGGAGUUGGGGCGAGUCAGUCUACCUAUGCUAGUGUAUUUAGGGCUUGUGCAGGGUUAUCUACAACUAAAUUAGGCUCUCAGCUUCAUGGCCACUCUUUAAAGACUGAUUAUGGAUCAGAUGUCAUUGUGGGUACUGCCACCUUGGAUAUGUAUGCAAAAUGUGGCAGUUUGUUAGAUGCUCAAAAGCUAUUUAACUCUAUGCCAAAUCAUAAUUUGCAAUCUUUUAAUGCCAUUAUUGUUGGGUAUGCCCGAAAUGAAAAAGGUUUUGAAGCUUUGCGGCUAUUUCUUCAUUUGCAGAAGUCUGGUCUUGGAUUUGAUGAAAUUAGUCUAUCUGGUGCAUUUUGUGCUUGUGCAGUUAUCAAAGGGCUUUUAGAGGGGCUUCAAGUGCAUGGAUUAGUAAUUAAGAGUAGCUUCCAGCUAAAUAUUUGUGUUUCAAAUGCAAUUCUAGACAUGUAUGGUAAAUGUGGAGCUUUGAUGGAAGCUCAACUCAUGUUUUAUGAAAUGGUGAGAAGAGAUGCUGUUUCUUGGAAUGCAAUAAUUGCUGCCCAUGAGCAGAACGGAAAUGAAGAGGGCACCCUAUCCUUACUUGUUUGGAUGCUUCAUUCAAAGAUAGAACCUGAUGAGUUCACAUAUGGUAGUGUUCUGAAAGCUUGUGCGGGACGGCAAGCUCAUGAUUCUGGCAUGGAGAUCCAUGCCAGAAUUAUUAAAUCGGGGAUGGGGUUGGAUAUGUUCAUUGGGAGUGCUCUUGUUGAUAUGUACUGCAAGUGUGGAAUGAUGGAAGAGGCAGAGAAGCUCCAUUAUAGAAUAGAGGAACAAACGAAGGUUUCAUGGAAUGCAAUCAUUUCUGGGUUUUCUCUACAGAAACAAAGUGAGGAAGCUCAGAAGUUCUUUUCUAAGAUGAUGGAAAUGGGUGUAAAGCCUGACAACUUUACUUAUGCAACAGUUUUAGAUACUUGUGCUAAUCUGGCAACUGGGGGACUUGGGAAGCAAAUCCAUGCUCAAAUUAUCAAGGAAGAAUUGCAGUCAGAUGUGUACAUAUGCAGCACACUUGUUGACAUGUACUCAAAGUGUGGAAACAUGCAAGAUUCUCGGCUAGUAUUUGAGAAAGCACCAAAGCGUGAUUUUGUGACAUGGAAUGCCAUGAUAUCUGGCUAUGCACAACAUGGUCUUGGAGAAAAUGCCCUCCAGAUUUUUGACAGUAUGCAACUUGAGAAUGUUAAACCAAACCAUGCAACUUUUGUUGCAGUCCUUAGAGCUUGUGGGCAUGUGGGGCUUGUUGAGAAAGGGAAGCAGUACUUCAACUCAAUGCUAAGUGACUAUGAUUUAGAGCCUCAGUUGGAGCAUUAUUCUUGUUUGGUGGAUAUAAUUGGGAGAUCAGGUCAAGUUAGCCAGGCUUUGGGGCUUAUUCUAGAGAUGCCUUUUGAGGCUGAUGACAUUAUUUGGAGAACUCUGCUCAGUAUUUGCAAAAUUCAUGGUAAUGUUGAGGUGGCAGAAAAAGCCGCUAGCUCUAUUCUGCAAUUGGACCCUCAAGAUGCUUCUGCAUUUGUUCUUCUAUCCAAUAUCUAUGCUGAUGCUGGAAUGUGGAGUGAAGUUUCAAAGAUGAGGAAGAUGAUGAGGUUAUAUAGGCUGAAAAAGGAGCCUGGUUGCAGUUGGAUUGAGAUAUUAAAUGAAGUGCAUACAUUUCUUGUUGGAGAUGAGGCUCAUCCAAGAUGCAAAGAGAUGUAUGAGAAAUUAAAUAUUCUGAUUUGUGAGAUGAAGUGGGCUGGGUAUGUGCCUAAUACUAACUUUGUUCUCGAUGAAGAUGAAGUAGAGCAAAAUGAGCAGCAAGAACAAUAAGAGCUUGCAUUUUGCAUGCGCAAAGCAUGAAUUCAUACCCAGUCUGAUGAAUUGCAUAUUAGAGAGCCAAGUGUGGGAGUGGGGAAGAAAAUUUGAAACCUAGACAAACUGGAUAAUUAAUUCUAGAGAGUUGGGAGGCUAGUUGAGGGUGAAAUUUAUUAAGGUCGAUACUUCCUUUGGUUGUAAUAAUGGAUGGAAAGAAGGAAUAAAAUGCAUAAAGAUGGAGUUUAAGGAAUUUGUUAUAGUCAAAACAGAGAAUAAAAUUGCUUACUAGUGAAAAACGGAGGGGAAGUCUGCUUUCGUUCAGGGAUUAUUCGCAAUAUCCGAGAAUUUCUUAAGUUAUCUUGAAAUUUUGCAGUUCUAAUUAACUCAAUGGAACAAUUGGUGUCUUUAGUCUAUUGGUUUGUCCAGAUAAUCAUAUGAGUUGAAUUCAGUAGUUAUUAGAAGAUUGGAGAACUUGUAGAAAUGUCUAAAAUGAGCAGUGGCGAAAAGCUGACAACUUUUUGGAAUGUAAAUAAAUUGAGAAACCACUUUUCAAAAUAAA